UCAAAUGUGGGGAAGAAGUUUUCAUUGAUAGAAGACACUCAUCAGUAAUUAGAGGAAAUCAGAUUAAUAUUGUUAUUGAUAAUCUACCAGCUGAAGGUGAUGAUGUCAUAUGGAUAAAGAUCAAUUCAAGUUCAACAGUAACUUGUUAUGACUGCUCUAGACAUUUAGUUGUGAACAAUGAUGAAUGUCAUGUAGAGUUUAGUUGCUAUGGUAACUCUGGUACAGAACACACCUUGACCUGUGAUGAAGGUCAAGUUAUAUCAAUAGAUGAAAGAAACGAGAUACGUAAACUACAGUAUGGCAUUAAGAUCAACCCGUCCUGUCCCUACAGACUAGAUACAAACCCAUGUAAUCGUACAUCAUGUUCUAGAAACAAUGUAACAAAUCUAAACGACAGUCGUUUAUAUAGACUUGAAGUAGAUGAUGUACAAUACCAUAUGGAGGUUUACAGAAACUGUUCUAAUAAACCAAACUGUAGUCUCAGACCACCAAUUAACAUCUCUAACAUAAUAUAUGAUUAUAUUUAUUAUCCUUAUACUUGUAUAUCAGUUUCUUCCAUAUAUAACCUGGCUGAAAUAACCAAAACAUCUAUAAACAGUGGUGACUAUUUAUAUAUUUCUGGUAAAACACCAUCUUUCACCAAAUGUUGUAAUAUUACCAACCAAGGACGAAUUCAGGUAGAAUCUAUGUUCAUUCUUCUGAGUGCCGAAUCUAGUAAAAGGGUUCAGAUAACAUCAGGGACACAAAGUUUGUUCAAAUGUGGGAUAGAAAUUUUCAUUGAUGGAAGACACUCAUCAGUUUUUAGAGGGAAUCAGAUUAAUAUUGUUAUUGAUAAUUUACCAGCUGAAGGUGAUGAUGUCAUAUGGAUAAAGAUCAAUUCAAGUUCAACAAUAACUUGCGAUGACUGCUCUAAACAUUUAGUUGUGAACAAUGAUGAAUGUCAUGUCGAGUUUGGUUGCUAUGGAGAAUAUGGUACAGAACAUACACUGACCUGUGAUAAAGGUCAAGUUAUAGCAAUAGAUGAACGAAAUGAGAUACGUAAAAUACAUUAUGGUACCAAGAACCCGUCCUGUCCCUACAGACUAGAUACCAACCCAUGUAAUCAUACACCAUGUUCUAGGAACAGUGUAACAAAUCUAAACGAUCGUUUAUAUAGACUUGACGUAGAUGAUGAACAAUAUCGUAUAGAGGUUUACAGAAACUGUUCUAAUAAACCAAACUGUAGUCUCAGACCACCAAUUAACAUCUCUAACAUAAGAUAUGAUUAUAUUAAUUAUCCUUAUACUUGUAUAUCAGUUGCAGCUCCAAGUGUAACUUCCUCUAUUCAGUUGGGUUUAAUAAUUGGUUGUGUUGUUGGUGUUGUGGUCAUUCUAGUGGUAGUGGUGGUUAUUUAUUGUAUAAUAAGAAAGAGAAAAAAUAAGUUGAAAUCAACAGAUAAUACCCAACAGAUAUAUUUUACCCAAGAUAAAAACCAGGGAGAACCUGAAUAUGAUACUAUACAGGAUGGUGAUAAAGGUAAACACGAAUCAGCUUAUCAGGAUAUCGAUGAUACUGUCUUACAGAACUCUAUAACUAACAGAGAACCAAAUUACCAGAACUCUACAACUAACAGAGAACCAAAUUACCAGGUCAUUGAAGACGACUUUCUUCACAAGGCUAAACCAACAUCUGGUUAUAGUGAACCCUGGGACACCUGCAUUAAGCUAAAACCAAUCUUACACUCUGGAAAACAACCACUUGAUCCGAAAUUUAAAUAUAGUAUGGACAAACCGAAGACAGGCAGAAUACAGGGAGAAAAUGCAUCACCGCACUACGAUCACGUCAGAGCCGAGACAACUGUAGAUAAACAAACUGAAUUAACUCCGUCAGUAACAGAUAAAACGUAUUAUGAUCAUAUUAAAGACGUAGACGAAAUCCUGGAUUCUGAUCCAUACAGCGACCCUACCUAUAACCAUCUCGGUCAAAAUAAUGUUGCUCCAAUUGGUACAAACCACGCACCGCACCAAGUCAUAAAGGUGGACCUCAAUUCAACAUCUAAGAAUAAAGAUCAGAAAGAUAAGGAUGAUCCGUAUAAUGACCCGACUUAUAACCACCUUGGUCAGAAUAACGUUGCUCCAAUUGGUACAAACCACACACCGCACCAAGUCAUAAAGGUGGACCUCAAUUCAACAUCUAAGAAUAAAGAUCAGAUAGAUAAGGAUGAUCCAUAUAAUGACCCGACCUAUAAUCAUCUUGGUCAGAAUAACGUUGCUCCAAUGGUUACAAACAACGCACCACACCAAGCCAUAAAGGUGGACCUGAAUUCAACAUCUAAGAAUAAAGACUCUAUUGAUAAGGAUGAUCCGUAUAAUGACCCAGCCUAUAACCAUCUUGGUCAAAAUAACGUUGUGCCAAUUGGUACACUCAACGCGCCACAGGUCAUCACAGUGGACCCCAAUUUAGCAUCUAUGAAUAAAGAUCAGAUAGAUAAGGAUGAUCCGUAUAAUGACCUGACCUAUAACCACCUUGGUCAGAAUAGCGUUGCUCAAAUUGAUACAAACCACGCACCGCACCAAGUCAUAAAGGCGGACCCGAAUUCAACAUCUAAGAAUAAAGAUCAGAUAGAUGAGAAUGAUCCGUAUAAUGACCCAACCUAUAACCACCUUAACGAAGAUAAAACCAUCUCUCAGAGAAACCUGAAACUUCCACAAGAGGAGGUAACUCACUUGUCAGUCAUCGGUCUUAAAUCUGAUACUGAUAACUACAACCACAUAGACGUCAAGAACGAUAUCUCUGUUUUAGAUAAAGAACCCACACCAACAGAUGUUACCAAUAACCACACGAUGUCCAGUGGUGGGAAACCCUUGUCGUCCGAUAAUUACAAUCAUCUAGACAUCAAGGGAGACAACCAUCAUACAACAAAACAAGUAAAGAAUCCAGCUGGGAAACAAGAUAAUUACGACCACAUAGGUAUCAAGAAAGACAACUCUGUUUCUGUUAAGGAACCUAGACCAGAAGGUAAUCACACAUCUUCCAGUGACUUGUCUCCAGAUCAUUACAACCAUAUAGACAUCAAGGGAGACAACCAUCAUAUAACAAAACAAGUAAACAAUCGGGCUGGCAAACAAGAUAACUACGAUCAUAUAGGUAUCAAGAAAGACAACUCUGUUUCAGAUAAGGAUUCAGAUGUCACACUAGAAGAUGACACCUAUAAUCACAUAACUUCCAAACCCUCGUCUUCAGAUAAUUACUAUCAUAUAGACCUCAAGGGGGAUAACCCUGAUACCACUAAGGAAGCAGAGAAUCCAGCCGGAAGCAAGGUGGAUAAAGAUAAUAUUACAAAACCUAAAGAGCAGUCAUGCUCUAAGCAGGAUGCUACUACUAACAAUUACGAUCACAUUGAAUUAUAGAUUUAAUUAACUGAAUCAAUGAUAUAUAUGCUACCCGAAUCUCGAAGUUUCCAAAUUAACACAUUUAUUAAUCUUUGAUAUGUAUAAUCCAGAUUAAACUAUAGAUUUAGAAAAUUAAUCAGACAUUUUAGCUAAAAUGUUGAAUUUAUAUAGGGAAUAGUAAAUAUAUUUUUAUAUCAGAAAACAUAAAAAAUCAGUCACCAAGGACAGUUUUUAUUUCAGAGUGUCUGUAGUUAGUUAUUUUGCCACGUUAUUAACCUGGGACUAGAUCUGGCUAAUUAUAAAAUGCAUGUAUAAUAUUUUUGUGUCCCUAUAAAGGAACGUAAUUUUGUAAUUUUGUGUAGAUUUUGUAUUUUUCAUUUCCUUUUAUUUUUGUUGUUUUGAUAUUUUAUGUAUAUAUAUUUUAGAUUAUAUUUGUUUACUGUGUAUUAAUGUUAUAUGUUAUAACAGAUAUGUUAUAAAUAACAGUUUUGCUACUGUGUAUAUUUUAUAAUAGAUAUGUUAUA